GCCAUUUUGUGCUGAAGCUGCCUCAGGAUGGAGUCGCAACCCUCGCCGGAGCUGCCCGCCGCCCGCCGAGCCCUCAGCCUCACCGCCCCGCCACGGAGCGCCGCUCCACACACCCCUCCGCACCGCUGGCAGCGCUGAACGCCCUCAUGGAGCACCGCGCUGGCGAGCGCCCCGGUUUGGGAUGGGCGCGCCUGGGGCUGGCCGCGGCCUGGCCGAAGCUGGCGGCGCCCGGCGCGGCGGGCUCAUCCCAGGCCAGCCCGCCCUUCUCGUGGCUGCGGGCCGUGUCGCAGCUGCUGCCGCCGCUGCCCGCCCUCCUGCAGCGGCUGCUGCCCGGCCCCGCGCUCAGCUCCGCGCUCUGCCCCGCCAAGCCGCCGCCGCCGCCGCCGCCCAAGGACGCCUCGGAGGAAGCCCCGGAGAAGCGGCUGGAGGGCGGCGCGGAGCACCCGGCGGGGAUGUGGGGAGCGCGGUUAAUGCGGAGCAGCCCGGGCGCCCUUCGCAUGGACUGGUACGUGCUGGGCUUGGAGCAGGGCAGGAGCCACCUGCCGCAGCCCCUGCGAGCCGAGGGCUUGCCUGAGGCGGAGUUCCUGCGCAGCAAGCGCCUGGCGUUCCUCCAGCGCUGGCAGCUGCCCGUGCCCGAGCCCGACCACGGCUACCACAGCCUGGAGGAGGAGCAGCAGCAGCAGCAUGGGGGUGUCUGCCGGGAGGUCGCGGGUAGCGAGGGUUUGCAGCGCCCCGAGGAUGCGGCGAGACAGCCCGGAGGUGUCCCCGUGGGGCAGCGCCGUGCGGCGGAGGAAGGCUUGGCUGCAGAGGAAUGUGAGGACUCAGCGGAGCGAAACUUCACAAUUUCCACCAGACCUGCCUGUGGGAAUAAAUUAAUCGAUUAUAUCAUCGGCGGAGUAUCCAGUGGGGAGGAGAGUGAGGAUGAGGAAGAUUGGGAUGAUGAGGAUGAUGAUGAUGAUGACGGGUUUGACAGCGAAGAGCUGCCCUCGGACUCAGACGCCGGCAGCCAGGACGGGGAGAGGCUUCAUCUGUGGAAUUCCUUCUACAGCUUGGAUCCCUACGACCCUCAGAACUUCACAGCCACCAUCCAGACGUCUUCCAGCGAGCCGGGAAAGGGAAUGUCGGACAUGGAGGAGGAGGAGGAGGAGGAGGAGGAGGAAGACUCGUGGGCAGAGUCCUCCGAGGGCUCUCCGAGUUGCGAGGAGGACGAGUGGGACUGUGAGAGCGUGGAUGAGGCGGAAAACUUGAAACUUUGGAACUCGUUCUGUAGCUCGGACGAUCCCUAUAACCCUCUGAAUUUCACGGCGGCCUUUCAGACAGCGGAGAAAAAAGGCACGCCGGUUUUCCCAGGGGCAGAGCGGGCGACUUCUGUCACCUCGGAGCAUUUCUCCGUGUGUAGGGUACAGCUGGAAAAACACAACUGCGGGAGCACUGAAUUGGGGCAGAGCAGAGAGAAAACUGCGAGUUCCAAGCGGAAAAAGGUGACAUUCCAUGAGGAGGUGACUGAGUAUUACAUCAGCAGCGAGGAGGACCGGAAGGGGCCGUGGGAGGAGAUGGCUCGGGAUGGAUGCAGGUUCCAAAAACGCAUCCAGGAGACCGAGGAGGCCAUUGGCUACUGCCUGAGCCCGGAGCACAGACUGAGGGUAUUCCACAGGCUCCAAAAAUUCCAUUCCCAGAGGACUGACCCCCUUCUAGCACCUUCAAACUCCUGGAAUUUGCCUGACCCUUAAAUUAAUGAAAUCUCAACCACCAGUGGCAGCUGCAUGUGCUGAAAUGGGGAGAGAAAAAAAUGGGAUUUUAUUUUUGUCCCUUAUUUUUUUCCCCCCCACUUUGAUAUUCAACAAAUUCUCCUUUUGAUAUCCAGAUAAAACCCCCUGGAGCUCCCUGAA